UUCGAGGGUUGCAGCACGAGCAUGGCACCGCCUCCGCCCACCGACGUCUCGGUCCUCUGUCUUCGGCUGCACAUGCGCAAGAUGCAGACGCGCGUAGCUGGCCUCCUCGACGCGCUCGCCAAGGCCGCGCCGCCACUCGAGCCGCAGUCGUCGCCGGCGAAAGACACCGAUCUCCGGCCCGGCGAGACCGACAAGAUGAUCGCCGACCUCGUCGUCGAGGUCGAGCGCCUCAAGCAUGAGCUCUCGAGCCGCGACGACGAAAACGCGCGUCUACAGAACGACAAGUCGGCCCUUCAUCGACAAAACGUGCUGUUGCAAGAAGAGAACGCGGCGCUGCGUCUCCGGCUCGAGCACGACGAGGUCGACGCCGAGCUUUCGCCCACAAAAACAGACGACAUGGACGACGAUCGCAGCUGUAGCAGCAGUGAGCGACCCGUCUACGACGACGUCGAUGUUGACCGUCUCGCGACGGAGCUCGAAACCCACACACAGAGCUUGCGCGACGAGCUCCGGCUCAUGGCCCUCGAGCGCGAUCGCCUCGAGAGGGAGCGAGACGAAGCUCAGGCCGCCGCCGCACGCGCACUUGCCGAGGGCAGCCGCCUCGCUGGCCACUCCAACGGUCAACAGCGCAUCAAAUACGUGCAGACGCUGCGGGACGAGAAUAAUCGACUCACUUUGCAGCUGCGCGAAGCCGAGAGUCGCCUCGCUCGCCUCAAGCCCACGCCAACACUCACCAAGCACGUGGAUGCGACCAAGCCAAGGACCACCACAAGUAGUACCGGCUCCAAGCCGCAGUUACCAGUGAAAACGGCGACGAGCGCCAAGUCGACUCUGCCAGUAUCCAAAAAAGGAGCUCGAAAACCCACGCCUCGCCGUGUGCCAACGUCAUUGUAGUCUCUGUCUGGCGGCUCCUAGCUAUUUAUGUACAAAUUGAAGUCACUGUCCUAGACGAUUGCGAGCCUUCAACGAUGCGAGACUUGCCAUUUGACUGCUUCAAAACUGGGCUCGCACACAACUGGAGGACGGCAGCCUUGGCGUUGCGCGGCUGAAAGACUGAAAGGUUUCUAUAAGUUUGCCAUAAGUCUACUAUAAGUCUACUAC